CUAUCAACUCCGCUUCCACCAAAACCCCUCUUCUUCGAUCUCUCUUCUUAUUUGACCAUGAAGAAGCUCUGCCGGAAAAGCUCCGUCCAUCCAUCCACGCCGAUCAUCUCCGACUUCCUUUCGUUUCUUCCCGCCGCCAUAUUUGCUCUCACGGUGGCGCUAUCCGCCGACGACAAAGAAGUCCUGGCCUAUCUCAUCUCCUGUUCCAACACCAGCAGCCGAAAAGGCGCUCGGAAAAUCGCCAGCGGGAAGAGCGGUGUGGAUCACGCUCCGCUCUUUGACUGCGAUUGUUUCAUGUGCUAUCGGCGUUACUGGGGGAGAUGGGACUCAUCGCCCAAUCGGCAACUAAUUCACGAAGUAAUCGAAGCUUACGAAGACGGAUUAGCUAAAUCCAAACCCGCAGCAACGUCGCAGAGAAAUUGCAAGAAAGAGAGACGGAAGAAGAAGAACGAAUCGGACCCGGAUGAGUCGAAUCGGUCCGAAUCAAGAGUCGGAAAGGUGAAGAUGAACGAGACAUCGGGUUGUGUGCAGCAAGAGAGCAGCCGCGACAGUAACAGAAAAGAGGAGGAGGAAGAAGGAGAAAGAGGAUCGGUUAGGAGGUUCGUGAGUUUUGUGGGGGAGAAAAUUUGGGGUGCUUGGGGCUAACAAUCAAUUUGAAUCCCAAAUCUAGAUUUGUUCUUCUCUUAAUCAUCUAACAAGAUCACAAAAUAGGACUCUGUUUUUCUUCUCUGUUUUGGAUUUUUGGUUUGCUCUGCUCUCUGUAAAUUACUUCCCCCCUGUAAAAAUCAUCGUAUGCAAUUCCAAGGCUUGUGCUCGUGCUUGUGCUUGUGGGUGACCCACUUCUGUAUCUAUAGAUUAUAUAUGUAGUAGAAUUAAUGGGAUUGAGACUCGUGCA